GGUCAUCUCUAAACAAUAUGAAAGCAGCCAGCAACAUAUCAGUUAGCAACUGAGCAAAGUUGAAUCAACUUGGAACAUGAGGUGUACCAUUUUAUCGUUGGUUUCUCUGUUCUGUGGCCUGAUUUUGGCCCAAGAUGAUGGUAAUACUCCUGAAACAGAAAAAACUAGUGAAACACAGUCAUGCUUCCCUGACACGUGUAAUCUCCUGAAAGAGUUUGGUUCCCUGAGAGAAAAACUGGGAAUUAUGGAAACCAGGCUGAAGGAUAGUGAAAACCAGAUCCUUGAACUGAAGAAAAAAGAAACAACCAAGAUAGCAUUCAGUGCUGCAAUAGGUGGGAAUGGACAACAAAUUGGACCCUUCAACACAGACACAACUUUAAUCUACAAAACGGUGAUAACAAACAUUGGCAAUGCCUACAAUGAACAUACUGGUAUCUUCGCUGCGCCCGUUACAGGCCUUUACUACUUCACCUUUUAUUAUCAUGCCGGAGGAUCACACCCAGUGAGUCUAGUCCUCAUCAAGAACAGCCAGAGUGUUGUGACAGCCUAUGACCACCAAACACUGAAUGACGGGGCUGAUAACGGAGGCAACGCAGUGUUCAUGCAGCUGCAGCAAGGGGACCAGGUGUUCAUACGCUUAGGGGCAAAUACUAAUGUGUGGGGAAACAAUGCAAUCACCACCUUCAGCGGUUUUUUGGUCAAUCAGGAUUGAGACAGUAAAUAAGGUUAAUUUGUCAUUAUGAUCACAAUUUUAAAUGGCUUAACAGAUCUGAAACCAUGUAUAUAUUUCUUUUUUGUUUAUCGUUUUGUAUCUCUGUCUUAAGUGAUGAAAGUAUUUAAAACGCUGUAGGUUCAUUUUAACUCAUUCAAAUUAUCACAAAUAA